AUGUUUUCCAUUUCCACAGCUCCGGCGAAGCAGUCCGUCGGCGAGACCAUCACCGUCUUGAGCGGCCGUCUCAGUUCGGCCACGCUACUUGAAGACCGCCGAGCUGCCAUUCUCGGCCUACGCAGCUUUGCGAAAGAUUUUCCCGCCUCCGUCGCCUCCGGAGCCUUGCGCAGUCUUAUUGGCAGCCUCAGCAAAGAUGCGGAAGAUGUCGAUACCGUCAAGGUGGUCCUCGAGACAUUGCUAAUGCUCUUUAGCCCCAACGAAGAUAGCCCAGAAGCUUCGGAAGAGAUUGUCUUGUGGCUGGCUGACGAAUUCACUCAGCGCCAGGAAAACAUUACCCUGCUGCUCGACUUUCUAGACUCGAAUGACUUCUAUUCUCGACUAUACUCUCUGCAACUUCUUGCCGCCAUUCUCUCUGCCCGCACAGAGCGCACCGAAGAGUGCGUCUUUACAGCCCCCCUGGGUAUCUCACGAUUGGUGGCCGUCCUCGAUGACACCCGUGAGGCUGUCAGGAACGAGGCCAUCACCCUACUCACAUAUCUGACCCCCUCCUCUGCCGACAUACAGAAGCUGGUUGCCUUCGAGAACGCUUUCGAUCGACUCUUCAACAUAAUAACCUCAGAAGGCUCUUUGUCCGAUGGAGAUCGUGUCGUGGAGGACUGUCUCAUUCUGGUUGCAAACCUGCUCAGGAGAAACCCGUCAAAUCAGUCCUUGUUCCGCGAGUCGGGUGGGAUUCGACGGUUGGCGGUCUUGCUGGAAGGCGCAGAAAAGGCCCAGCGGGAGGACGCAGAGAUUGCCGCUUGGGCGCAAACCCAGCGCAAUCGAAACAUUUAUGCCCUUCUUGCCGUCGUACGCUUGUUUCUAGUAGUUGGAGCUGUUGGAACGUCGCAGAACCAACUCGCUCUCUGGCAGCAUGGCUUGCUGUACCAUGCCCUUCAACUGGCCUUUAGCCAUGUAGCGCAGCUCCCAAUCAAAGCAGAGGCCCUCGUAACCUGCGCCGACAUCAUUCGAGGCAAUGCAACAUUGCAGGAAGGCUUCGCCCAACUCCAAGUUCCUUCUCCUCUGGGUCCUCACGUCCUGACUGACGCUCCCCAAACCAACGGUGUCGUACAAGUUUACGUGAUAGACGGCCUACUGGAUCUCACGCUCAGCGUUCAGGAUGUGGAAGCGUUCGACUUACGGUUGUCGGCGUCAGAUUGUCUCAAGGCUUACUUCUACAACCACGCAGAUAUCCGCCUACACUUCCUCAGGAGAGCCAUCGAAGGACACAAGACAGGGGCCGAUGAGACCGCCAAUGUGCUCACUGUACUAAUGCGACCGUCUCCCGAUGUCGUCGUCCCCAAUCCUUACCGCAGCUGGUUUGCUUCCACCAUCAUGUUUCAUCUCCUUUUCGAUAACCCAGAAGCCAAGAGCCUUGCUAUGGCUGUCACGGAGGGCGAUGAAGACAGCGGCGAGGAGGUUGUCACAAGCAUUCAAACCGUCACUGCUCACCUGAUCUCAGGACUAAACCGCGAGGAGGACAGUCGCGUGGUAGUUGGGUAUCUGAUGCUUCUUCUCGGCUGGUUAUUCGAAGAUCUUGAUGCGGUCAAUGACUUUCUCGGAGAAGGAAGCAAUGUUCAGAGCCUGAUACAAGCCGUCAACCAUCCGUAUCCCUCUGGUGACGUCGUCCAGGGACUCUGUGCCAUGCUUCUUGGCGUCGUUUACGAGUUUUCGACGAAAGAUUCCCCAAUUCCGCGCACCGACCUACACUCCAUCCUCACAUCGCGGAUGGGACGAGAGCGGUACAUUGAUAAGCUCUCAAAGCUAAGAAGCAACCCGCUGGUGAGAGAUUUCGAAGUCAUUCCCCAGAAACUGAGCGGUUCAGGCUUAGGCAAGUUGCCUGAUGUGUAUUUCGAUUCUACUUUCGUCGACUUCUUUAAGGACAACUACAGCCGCAUUUUACGAGGUAUAGAUCGAGACCCCGGGUUGGAGAUAUCAGUCGUUUCCAAUGGCGUACAAAAAGGUGUUUCUCGGGAGCUGGUCGAUUCGCUUCGAAGCCAGCUGGCGGAAAAAGACCAGGCUUUGCAGGAAGCUCAGGUCAGUCUAGAGACGGUUGGCCGACAGAUUGGUCAAGAGCAGGCCGAUCACCGGCGAACCCGUGAGACAAAUCUCCAGAGCAGAAUGGUGUCUAUGCAAGAAGAGCAUCAAAAGCAACUGGAGCAGGCGCGGCGCAAAAUUGAAUCCCAGGCCGCAGCACUUGAGGAGGAGCACAAGAAGCAGGUGGCAGAGCUUCAAAAGAAGGCAGAUGCUCGGGUUGCCGCACUCGAGCAACAGCGCAGGGCUAUCGAUCUGGAGCACAGGAAACAGAUGGAUCAAGUACAACUGACCGUCAAAGCCCAAGCUGCAUCCCAGAUUGAGGAGCACCGCAAACAACUUGAACAGGCUCGAAAGACAGCGGAGUCGGAUGCUGACCGCGUGCGUCACCGCGCCGAGGCCGAUAUGGCUGACUUGAAGGCCACCAUUAGCCGGCUUGAGGUUGAUCUCAUGAAGGCCAAGAAGACCAAGGCGCAAGAGAUGCAGGCACUUCGGGAUGAAAUGGAGAGGAAAAUAGAGGAACAUGCAAGCCUGACCGAAAAAGCCAACUCCCGUAUGAAACAACUCGAGAAGGACCUCCGUGAAACCCAGGAGAAAGCGGUCCAGGGCGAUAUGGCUGUGAAAAGAGCCGAGGAGGACAAGAAGGCGACCCAAAACGAACUGGAUGACCUCCUGAUGGUCUUCGGCGACCUGGAAGAGAAAGCGGCCAAGUACAAGGCCCAACUCAAAGCCCUUGGGCAACCAGUUUCCGACGGCGAAGACGAUGAAGAGGACAGUGACGAGGAGGGCGAAGACGACGACGAAGACGACGACGAAGACGACGACGAAGACGACGACGACGACGACGCAAAAAGUGAAGAUGUCAAAAGCACCAAGAAAUAG